AAUUUUAUGAUACUUUGUGCAUCCAGUCGAUAUUCAGGUCAAUACUCUGUGCCUUUGGCCGUCGGUGAGGAAAUUAAGAAAUUGCUCCAUCCCAAGACUGGCUGGACCGAGAUCAGCUGCGUAUCUAGGGAUAUAAUUCAACUAAAAUCUAAUUGUUCCGGAUAUGGAUCUGAUACACAACUGUAUUUGACGUAUGAAUAUUAUUUAACUCCUGCCAGAAAAACAAAUCAUACGAUCAAAGUGAAAGUUUCUUUAGUGCUCAUGUUCGGUGGAAGUGAAGGGUUUCCCCUAACGAAUGCGACAUCGCCCUAUCGAUGAUCAUUUUCCGUUUUUGAGAUGGUUAGCUUAUUCAAUUAAUCGGUGGGAAAGUGGCACGUAUCCAUUAGGUCUUAAUUCACAAUAUUUGUGUAUACAUUUUACAACAAAAGCUGAGUAGGCAAUGCUUUGUUGCAGCCCUGCCCAGCUAAAUAACGCUUCAGUGCAAACAUUAGCGUGGGGUCAGUAAUCUGCCUUGAAGUCUUAUGAAAGAGCGAAUGCUUUUGUGAUAAGCAGAAUAAGUUAGAAUUGAAAUAUUUGUCCUCCUUGAUCAAGUAGCACAUAACCAAUGGACUUGAUCGGUAUGUCGGAUGAAGAUUCGCGUGCCAGCACCAGUUCUUCGUCUUCCUCAUCCUCUAUAACUAAUCUGCGAGAGAAAAGCACCCCUAGCAAGAAACGAGACAGCAAAGCCAGCAUGAGCAAGACUUCCAAACUCCUCUCCACCAGUGCUAAAAGAAUUCAGAAGGAGUUGGCUGAUAUUACUCUGGAUCCACCACCAAACUGCAGUGCGGGUCCAAAAGGAGAUAACAUCUAUGAGUGGAGGUCCACGAUCUUGGGCCCCCCAGGCUCCGUCUACGAGGGAGGGGUCUUCUUCCUGGACAUCGCCUUCACACCAGACUACCCCUUCAAGCCCCCCAAGGUGACGUUCCGUACGAGGAUCUACCACUGUAACAUCAACAGCCAGGGAGUCAUCUGUCUGGACAUCCUGAAGGACAACUGGAGCCCGGCCCUCACCAUCUCCAAGGUGCUGCUGUCCAUCUGCUCCCUCCUCACAGACUGCAACCCUGCGGACCCUCUGGUGGGAAGCAUUGCCACCCAGUACACAACAAACAGACCAGAACACGACCGAAUAGCCAAACAGUGGACCAAGCGCUACGCCACAUAAUCCCAGGAGAAUGCAAAAUAUCAUCACGGUAGAGCAUCAAAAAAAAAAACAAGCUGCCUCUUGGACGCCUCUGGGGAAGGGGGGGGGUCAGGAUGGGAGUGGGGUGGGGGGUGAGGGAAGGGUGGAGUGAUUCAUUUUUAUCUUGGAACUGAAGUCUUAUCUCUUGAUAUUUUUGUUGAUUGUGUUUAAGUUAUCUCUGCCCAUCUGUAAUCAAGAUUUGGCAAUAAUGUACCAUAUUGUGCGUUUUUUUUUGUAAAUGAAUUCAUUUUUAGCUUGUGCUUGGAAACAAAAUUGUUUAGUCUGACUGCUUGUUUAAGGUGUUGCAGCAUGAUUCCUUGACAGUUUCAAAUGUCAUGUCAAUGUGGAUUUUUCACUGAUAUUAAAGUUAGUUGAUGUAAA